AUGAAUGAAGGGACCCGGGGGUCUGGCCCACUGCCAACCUCCGCUCUGAACUCCGCGCCUCCCCAUGGGCCGAGAGCGCCUACGGGUCCGUGUGCUGGGCUGGCUCCGGAUCGCUUCAGCCGCAAGUGCGCGUCCGGGCGGCCCGGGGGCGGCGGAGCUCCGGCCAGCCAAGGUACGGGGGGGCGAGGGGUGAGCCCUGCGGGUUCUCGCCCCUUACACCAUCUCCGUCUCAGGUUUGUCUUGCCACCUAAAGCACUUCGCAGCGUGACGAGGCGUCCCUUAACCGGAUGGGGGGGCGGGGGGCCGCAAAGGCUGUGCCCACUCCAUCCGCCCGCAUUGGGGGACGGCUUUAGGGCGAUAUUAGCAAGUGGGCUGUCUCUCAGCUGGUCCCCAAGGGGUAGAGCCUUGUGUGCGAAAGGGGUGGGGAUGUGGUUCCUUCUCGCGGAGAUUUAUUAUUAUUGGGUGGAGGAGCGGGGAGGGGGAGUCUGCAGAGCAGACAAAAUGCGAAGCCCUCCCCGCGAGUGUGUCUGUGCGGGAGGCGGGCAGAGCAUGCUCUCCACGCAGCAGUUCCCUGCGCUGCCUGCGGAGGAGGAGCGCUACCGGCAGGUCCUCUCCGCCAGCCGGGUCUUAGGAACAGAUGAGGAUAAUAUGGGGGAUGGUUGCUCUCAGAAACUGGCUUCUGCCAAGUUCCUUCGACUUUUGCUCCUGAUACUGAUUCCAUGCAUCUGUGCCCUUAUUCUUUUGCUGGUGAUCCUGCUUACCUUUGUAGGAGUAUUAGAAAAAACAUGCUUUUAUUCAAAUGGAAGUGAGGGCCUCACAGCUAAUGGUGACUUUGAAACGUCUCAAGAUCUUUUGCCAAAUAUGGUUGAAAAUAGUUCCAAGACUGAUCCCACAGUGGAUUACAGCACACAGCCCUCUUCCUGGACCACCAUGCCUUUAUCCCACAUUGACCAAAUGAACAAGAACUCAAAUACACUUAGGGAGUCUUUCCAGGAAAAUUCCUUUGGUCCCCCAAGUCAAGCCACAGUGCUCAGUCAUCAGCCUGCCUCUGACGCUGCUUUGGCAGAAGGCUCUGACGACAACACCCAGCUGUUUGCCACUGCAGAGGAGGAGAUGUUGUGGUCUACAGAUGCUUCUUUUAACAACACAGAGAGGAUGACCACUCUGCCGCUAUUAAGUCCUACCCAUCCAUCUGUGUCACAAAAAAUGGAUCAGAAAAAAAGUGCCUGCAGAAAUAUCACCAACAGCCAGUGCCAAAUGCUGCCAUAUAACUACACCACUGUAACUUCAGUUCUUUCCAUUGUCAAGAGUAUUGAAAUGGAAAAGUUCCUGAAGUUCUUCAGUUACCUCAAUCGUCUCAACUGCUAUCAACACAUCAUGCUGUUUGGCUGUAGUCUCGCUCUUCCUGAAUGCAUCAGUGACAGUGAUGACAGUCGAGACCUCUUGCCCUGCAGGACAUUUUGUGAGGCAGCAAAAGAAGGCUGUGAACCGGUUCUGGGUAUGGUAAAUGCUUCUUGGCCAGACUUCUUGAAGUGCUCUCAAUUCCAAAACAAAACUGAGAAUGACACCACUACAAGGGUAUGCUUCUCACCACACCAAGAAAAAGGAAAGCAGUCACUGUGUGGAGGCGAGGACAGUUUCUUGUGUGCCAGUGGGAUCUGCAUCCCUGGGAAACUGCAGUGUAAUGGCUACAACGACUGUGAUGAUUGGAGUGAUGAGGUCCAUUGUAACUGCAGUAAUGAUGUAUUUCGUUGCAACACGGGAAAAUGCCUCAAUUAUACCUUUGUUUGUGAUGGAUACGAUGACUGUGGAGACCUUAGUGAUGAACAAAAUUGUGAUUGUAAUCCAGUGACACAUCACCAGUGUGGAGAGGGAAGAUGUAUAACAGCUGAUUGGGUAUGUGAUGGUGACCAUGACUGUAUAGACAAAUCAGAUGAGAUCAAUUGCUCAUGUCAUAGUCAGGGUCUGGUGGAGUGCAGAAAUGGGCAGUGCAUUCCCAGUGCAUUCCAGUGUGAUGGAGAUAAUGAUUGUAAAGAUGGAAGUGAUGAAGAAAACUGCAGUGAAAAUCAAACCCUCUGUGAGGAUGGAGACCAGAGGUGCUCUUCCUGCCCUGAUCCCUGUGGAGCUUCUCCCUGUGAGAUGAGAAACAGCCAGGCAAACUGCAGUCAGUGUGAACCAAUUACUCUGGAACUUUGUAUGAACUUGCCUUACAACUAUACUUACUACCCAAACUACCUGGGCCACAGGACACAGAAGGAAGCCUCUAUCAGCUGGGAGUCUUCCCUUUUCCCAGCUUUGGUUCAGACCAACUGCUACAAGUACCUGAUGUUUUUUGCCUGUACAAUCUUAGUACCAAAAUGUGACCCCCAUACAAAUCAGCGGAUCCCACCUUGCAGGACAUUAUGUGUACAAUCUAAGGAACGCUGUGAGGCUGUGCUUGGGAUUGUAGGUCUGCAGUGGCCAGAAGAUACAGACUGCACUCAGUUUCCAGAUGAGAACUUGGACAACCAAACUUGUCUAACACCAGAUGAGGAUGUAGAAGAAUGCUCACCCAGUCACUUCAAGUGCCGCUCUGGGAGGUGUGUCCUGGCCUCCAGAAGAUGUGAUGGUCAAGCUGACUGUGAGGAUGACAGUGAUGAGGACAGCUGUGGCUGUAGAGAAAGGGGUCUUUGGGAGUGUCCUUUGAAGAAGCUGUGCAUUAAACACACUAUGAUCUGUGAUGGUUUCCCAGACUGCCCUGACAUGAUGGAUGAAAAGAAUUGCUCAUUUUGUGGAGAGAGUGAACUUGAAUGUGCCAACCAUGAAUGUGUGCCACGAGAACUCUGGUGUGAUGGGCAGUCAGACUGUAGUGACAGCUCAGAUGAAUGGGACUGUGUUACACUGUCUAACAACACAAAUUCCUUGAUGCUCCUGACUGUUCACAGGUCAGCUGCUGAUAACCAUGUUUGUGCUGAUGAGUGGCAAGAAAACUUAAGCCAACUGGCCUGCAAUCAGAUGGGUUUAGGAGGACCAUCCAAAACAGAAAUUGUAAUAGAGAAUGAGCAAAUGCAGGACCAAAAAUGGUUGAAUCUGCACUCAGACUGGAAGAAUAAGAAUGCAUCCACUUUACAUGCACUUCUAGUGAAUGGACAGACGUGUCAAAGCAGAAGCAAAGUGGCUCUCUUUUGCGCUAAAGAAGACUGCGGCCGCCGCCCCGCUGCCCGCAUGAGCAAGAGGAUCCUCGGGGGCAGGACCAGCCGGCCGGGCCGCUGGCCGUGGCAGUGCUCCCUGCAGAGCGAGCCCAGCGGGCACAUCUGUGGCUGCGUCCUCAUUGCCAGGAGAUGGGUGCUGACCGUAGCACACUGCUUUGAAGGGAGAGAAAAUGCAGCUGUCUGGAAAGUAGUACUUGGGAUUAGCAAUCUUGAUCAUCCAUCAAGUUUCAUGCAGACCCGACUAGUGAGGACUAUAAUCCUCCAUCCACGCUACAACAGAGCAGUUGUAGACUAUGAUAUCAGCAUUGUGGAACUAGAUGAGGAUAUCAAUGAGACAAGCUAUGUAAGACCUGUGUGCUUGCCCAGCAAGGACCAGCUGGUUCAGCCAGACACCUACUGCUACAUCACAGGCUGGGGACACAUGGGCAACAAAAUGCCUUUCAAGCUUCAAGAAGGAGAGGUUCGCAUAAUUUCCCUAGAACAAUGCCAGUCAUAUUUUGACAUGAAAAUCAUCACCAGCAGGAUGCUGUGUGCUGGCUACGAAUCUGGCACCGUGGACUCUUGCAUGGGUGACAGUGGAGGACCUCUUGUGUGCGAGCAUACUGCAGGGCGCUGGACUUUGUUUGGUUUAACAUCUUGGGGCUCUGUCUGCUUUUCCAAGGUUUUGGGACCUGGCGUUUACAGUAAUGUGUCACAUUUUAUUGAGUGGAUUGAAAGACAAAUAUACAUCCAUACCUUUCUGCUAAACUAA